AAAAAAAGCUCACUGAUAUAAGUUAAGCUCUUCAAGCAAAAAUACUAGUAGCUAAUUUGUUGUGAAGACUUACGCGUACGGCUACUGUGUUAUUAUCGAAGUCAAUCCAGACAACAGCAAGGGACAUCAUGGCUAUCAUGCAGAUGGUGUUCGUUACUAUUCUGAUAGCUGGCUGCCAGGCGAAGUCUCUGGUUGCCCGACAGGGUGGGGGAAACCCGCAUAACUGUCCGGAACACUGCCCGUUCAACAUCGAGCCGGUCUGCGGGUCCAACGGGGUAACCUACGACAACCCGUGCCUGCUGGAGGCCGCCGCUUGCCAAGACGCCACGCUGUAUUCCGACCAGUGGAACUACAAGCCUCUGACGCUGGCCCAUUAUGCUCCAUGCGGCACCCAGAACCGUAAGCGUCAGUUCAACCCUGGCACCGAGCACUGCAAUACGCACUGUAACGAUCACUACGCUCCGGUGUGCGGCAGUAACGGGCAGACCUACACCAACCGCUGCUUCCUGGAGUUGGACGCCUGCCAGUUCAGCGCUCAACACCCCGAGUCCCACCAUACCAUCACCGUGGCAUACGAUGGCGCCUGUAACGGUGUACCCGAGAAACGUAAGCGGCAGUUCGAUGGCGACUGCCCGAUGUUCUGUCCCGAGUACUACUCUCCAGUCUGCGGCAGUAAUGGUCAAAUCUAUGACAACAUCUGCUUCCUGGAGAGCGCUGCCUGCAUAUUCAGUGCUCAACAUCCCAAUUCCCACCAUACCAUCACUGUGGCUGACGAUGGCAAUUGUCACAAUGGCGCCCUCAUCCACGAUAGCGCCGCCAUCCAAGAUGGCGUCAUCCAAGAUGGCAUCAUCCACGAUGGCGUCAUCCACGAUGGCAUCAUCCACGAUGGCGUCAUCCAAGAUGGCGUCAUCCAAGAUGGCGCACCCAUCCACGAUGGCAUCGUGCAUGAUCGUGCAAUCAUGGCGUAUUCACAGGCAUUAAUUCUCGUCUUUCUGGCGGCAGGUUGCCAGGCGAAGUCGCUGGUAGCCCGGCAGGGUUUGCUGGACCCGUACGGCUGCCUGAUGGCCUGCCCGCUCGUGUUCGAUCCGGUCUGCGGGUCGGACGGCAUCACCUACAGCAGCCCCUGUCAUCUGGACGAGGCCUCCUGCCAACUGGCCGAACACUUCGCAAACCGACCUGAGUACAAGCCCCUGACGAUGGUUAGCGAGGCCCCGUGUACCCGUGACGCCCAGGACCGUAAGCGGCAGUUUGAUAACGACUGCCCGAUGUUCUGUCCCGAGUACUACUCUCCAGUCUGCGGCAGUAACGGUCAGACUUACAGCAACACCUGUUUCCUGCAGAUGGCCGCCUGUACUGCUGCCGCCAACGAUCCCGACGCAAAGCCUAUCCUUCUGUGGCAUCCUGGCGGCUGCAACGCAAACGGUAGCGAGAUGGAACUCCCGCUGUUUUCCUGAGCAAAAUCGCCAGGUGGCGCUGUUGAUAACGGCAAGCGUUAAUGCAUGGUGCAGCACACUAACACUUGUGUCACGCAUAUGAAUAAAUUACAUUCUUGCUGCGGCGAUGUGGAA